AUGCCCUUCAGGAAAGCCUGUGGGCCAAAGCUGACCAACUCUCCCAUGGUCAUCGUCAUGGUGAGCCUUCCUGCCGAGGGCAAGACCUACAUCUCCAAGAUGACUCGCUACCUCAACUGGAUUGGCGUCCCCACAAAAGUGUUCAACGUCGGGGAGUACCGCCGGGCGGCUGUGAAGCACUACAGCUCCUGCAGCUUCUUCCGUCCCGAAAACGAGGAGGCCAUGCGAGUCCGGAAGCAGUGCGCCUUAGCUGCCUGGAGAGAUGUCAAAAGCUACCUUGCAAAAGAAGGGGGACAAAUCGCGGUUUUCGACGCCACCAAUACUACCAGAGAGAGGAGACACAUGAUCCUUCAUUUUACCAAAGAAAAUGACUUUAAGGCGUUUUUCGUGGAGUCCAUGUGCGACGGCCCUACUGUUGUGGCCUCCAAUAUCAUGGAAGUGAACAUCUCCAGCCGGGAUUUCAAAGACUGCAACUCGGCAGAAGCCAUGGACGACUUCAUGAAGUGGAUCAGUUGCUACGAAGCCAGUUACCAGCCCCUCGACCCCAACAAAUACGACAGGGACUUAUCACUGAUCAAGGUGAUUGAUGUGGGCCGGAGGUUCCUGGUGAAACGGGUGCAGGACCACACCCAGAGCCGCAUCGUGUACUACCUGAUGAAUGUCCGCGUGCAGCCGCGCACCAUCUACCUGCGCUGGCACGGCGAGAACGAGCACAACCUCCAGGGCCGCAUCGGAGGCGACUCGGGCCUGUCCAGCCGUGGCGAGAAGUUUGCCAGCGCCCUGAGCAAGUUCGUGGAGGAGCAGAACCUGAAGGGCCUGCGCGUAUGGACCAGCCAGCUCAAGAGCACCAUCCAGACGGCUGAGGCGCUGCGGCUGCCCUAUGAGCAGUGGAAGGCGCUCAAUGAGAUUGACGCAGGUGUCUGUGAGGAGCUGACCUACGAAGAGAUCAGGGACACCUACCCCGAGGAGUAUACGCUGCGGGAGCAGGACAAGUACUACUAUUGGUACCCCACCGGGGAGUCCUACCAGGACCUGGUCCAGCACCUGGAGCCAGUGACCAUGGAGCUGGAGCGACAGGAGAAUGUGCUGGUCAUCUGCCACCAGGCCGUCCUGCGCUGCCUGCUGGGCUACUUCCUGGAUAGCAGCGCAGAGGAGAUGCCCUACCUGAAAUGCCUCCUUCACACCGUUCUGAAACUGACUCCUGUCGCUUAUGGCUGCCAUGUGGAAUCCAUCUACCUGAAUAUGGAGUCCGUCAGCACCCGCAGGGAGAGGUCAGAGGAUGCAAAGAAGGGACCUAACCCGCUCAAGAGACGCAGUAGUGUCACCCUGCUAGCCAGCCCCGAGCCCACCAAAAAGCCUCACAUCAACAGCUUUGAGGAGCACGUGGCUUCCACCUCGGCCGCCCUGCCCAGCUGCCUGCCGCCGGAGGUGCCCACACAGCUGCCUGGACAAAACAUGAAAGGCUUCCGGAGCAGUGAAGACUUCUCCAGGAAACACUGA